GGUUGCUCUGUUUUCUUCUUCCCGUUCUGAUUGUUUAUGACAUGUUUUAAGUUAGUGGCGAACCCAGCUUUGAAAGGUCACAAUUCAACAAUUUAUGGUUCAUCUUUCAGUUGGUUUUUUAUGACAUAUCUUGACGUUUAUUCUUUUUAUUCGGAAUCUAUUUCUCUCGCUGUAGUUUUGCGGUUUUGGCGUGGGUUUUUGGUUUUGUGAAGUUUCAUGGCAGUUAUCUUCUUCGUGUUGGUGCCGAAGAUUUUCGGGCUUUCUCUGACGUUUUUGUUGAUUCAAAAAUCUAUCUAUUAGGUUGUAGUUUUGAGUUUUUUAGUCUCUCUCUGGGCUGUUAGGGGCGGGUGGUGUGGGAACCUGCUUGUGCUCAGGACACUAUUUGCAUUGAAUCUGGCAUAUGGUUGCCUAGUCAAAAUUUUCUCUGUUUUUAGUUCUCCUUAAAUAAUCUUUGUAGUUUAUUCGUUUUUUUCAUGCUCUGGGACCUUUCCUGCGUGGCAUCAAGCCUCUGUUUGUAUACUGAAUUUAUUUUCGUAAAUUCUCGACUCUCUAUGCUUGCGAACAAUUGGAAAUUGUUUUAAAUUGUUCACUUUUUGCACUAUUUGUUUUGUGGGAUUUAAUUAAAAAAAAAACUAUAAAAAUAACUCUUGACCUCCAACUCAUCACACCUAACUCGACGAGGUUUCAUUACAUGUCUGCAUUAUUUUCCCUUGUUAAGGUUUAGGGAAUGGACCCUUUGGGGAGAAAAGGUGAUACCGGGUCCGAGCCAUUGCCACCACCUCCACCUGUAAUUCCCCAGGAUGUAGUCCCAAUUAGGGCAGAAAAAGGCCAGAGUCAAGAAGCACCGAAGAAACUGACAUCCCCAAAACGCCUGCCAGCAGCUAGGCGUGGACUUAGGACUAAAGGUCAGAAGCUACAACUUCUAACCAACCACUACAAGGUUUCAAUGUCAAAGUUGGAUGGUCACUUCUUCCAUUUCAGUGUAGGCCUUUUUUACAAUCUCUUUUUUGCAGCGUCUAUCUGCUAUGAAAUCUUUGAUAAUGGAAUUAGUUUCCUUCUGGUGUUUUUGCUGGGGUAGGUUGCUAUAUUUUUUGCAAAUGGACGCCCUGUUGAGGUUAAGGGUAUUGGCAGGAGUGUAAUUGACAAGGUUCAAGAGACUUACAGUUCUGAAUUGGCGGGGAGACUUUUUGCAUACGAUGGUGAAAAAAGUUUGUUCACUCUUGGUUCUCUUCCACACAAGAAGCAUGAAUUCAAUGUUGUCCUGGAGGACAUUGCGUCAAGCAGGUAAAAUAUUCUGAUGUUGCAUCACUUACCUUGUUUGUGUUGAGUUAUCAACUUCUUUUUGGUGGUCAGAGUUGGAGGAAACGACCGCCCUAGAGGCAGCCCAAGUGAGGGUGAUAGGAAGAGAUUUAAGCGCCCGUAUCGGUCCAAAACAUUCGAGGUGGAGAUUAAUUUUGCAACUAAAAUCCCAUUGCAAGCAAUUGCAAUUGCAUUGCGCGGUUAGGAAUCAAAGCAGUUUCAAGAAGCACUUCGAGUUCUGGACAUCGUGUUAAGGCAGCAUGCGGCUAAGCAGUAUGUCAAAAUUUGAUCUGCAAAGUAUUUGGAUGAUACACACACAUAGACGCCAAUGCUAUGAUCAUACUUAAUUAAAAUAAUUUUUACUGAAUUUUAAAUGGGGUAAACUGGGUUAAUUUUCUUAAUGGCUUUUUAAACAAAUUUAAUUAUUCCCAUUGUGUCCCCAACGGUCAAAAAAUCCUCAUUGCCUAUAAAUACCUGUUCAUUUGUCUUAAUUAGUAAGGAUUAGAAAAUUGAUUAGGGCCAAAAUUCUCUCAAAAUCAAAAAUCCCUUUUUAGCCUAUAAUACUCUCAUACACUUCAAAACGUCAUUUUCCUUGAUCAUUCAAGUGUUGUGAGUAUAUUUAGAGUGUUUGUGCUUAAUCCUCAUUAGCUUAAAUUCUCAUUUGUUGUGCCUAUUGUUUUUAUUAUCGAGAGUAAAGCUUAAAGUUCUUCCACCGUUUUCAUUUGAUAAAUCUUGUAUGUGAAGACUUAGUGGCUAGUGGUUCUUGCAUUGUCAUUGCAAGUUACCUUAGCUUGUAUUUUUGUGUGCAAAUAUUAUUUUCAAAGUUUGCAUUCAAACAUCCAUUGUGCUUAGAAUAUUGUGAAUAUCUUAUUAAGAUUGUUUGAAUCAUCUAGCUUGCAUAUUUGAAACCUUGAUAUGAUAUUGUGAUAUUCAUGCAUUGUGUUUCAAAUCUUACUUUAACAUACACUUUUGUGCUUGAUAGACCAUAAACAUAACCUUGAGUGUUGAUUGCACACGUAGAACACCGAGCUUAUAGUUCUUACAUCAUUGAGAUGCAUUGAUUAUAUUCAACUGUAUUGGUACACAUACUUGCAUGUGUAAGAAACAUAUUUCCAUGUACAAAUUUUAUGCACAUUUGCUGUAUUCCAGGCGCGGGCCUGAAGAGGGAGACUAGCCCUGUUGAAUAGUCCCAGACUGACUUAGACCCGAUUAGAAAAGCUAGGUGCGCCAUCCUGGUAAGACGUGUAGGUUGGGGUCGGUCCUAUGAAUUUGACUUAGGGCUUUCUCCACCCCGUAAGGAGAAUUUGUAAAGGUUGAGGUCAGUCCUAUGCUAAUUGACCUGAUUGUAUUAGGUGCUGUUUCACCUGUUAAGUGAGCAUUAGUGGAAUCCUCGGGCUUGCGAGCUUGAGGCGGGGACGUAGGCACAGUUGGCCGAACCCUGAUAACAUAUUGCGUGUCUGUUUAAAUUUCUGUACUUUAUAUUUACCGCACGUGUAUGUUAUAGUGUGAAUGAUGCGCAUGAUUUAAAUUCCGCAUAUUAUACUUAUCUGCGCAUUUGGGUAGAUAGACCUAGAUUGUGAAUAUACUGUUUCUAAAUUAGUUGAACUUAGGGGAAAAAUUUUUAAAUAUCCAAUUCACCCCCCCCCUCUUGGGAAUACACCAAAGCUAACAACACCGAAUCUACCAAUGCUAGAUGAAGAUUGGCCACAUUGUCAUCUAUCUCGUUACAUUUUUCGUUAGUUAUCCUUAUUGGUCUGUCUCCAAUUGUGACUAAGCAAUUGUCCUUUCUCAAUACCACCUUCAUCUUCAAUUUGGAGAAAUUACCCCCAUUGAACUUUUCAAUUUCGUACUUUGCUGCCAUUGUAGUAGAUAAGAUCUACUCCUCCACUAAAUCGGCUCCCACUUUUUCACCGUGAUCAAUACCGUAUACGUGAACAAUAUCGUAAAUGAAUGGAGAUGUAUACUUGAACAAAUCUCAUAUACGUUCACAAUACUGUAAAAGUAUCUGGUGACACGUGUGAAUAGUAACCGUGAAUGAUAACCCCAACCCAAAGGUCGUAACCCAAGGCUCUGAUACCACUGUUAGGAAAUUGAAUGAGUAGAAACAGUAUCACACAACUAAAAUAAGAAAUGAGAAAAUAAGAAUUGACACUAAGAUUUACGUGGAAAACCCCUAAAUAAAUCGAGAGAAAAACCACGGGUAAGAGUAAAAAGAAUCCACUAUGAAAAAUAAUGAUACAACUUCUCUCUAUUUACAAGAGAAGAACAAUAAUAUCUCUCUCUUGAAUUAGAAGUACAUAGAUCUCACUUGAAACAAUAGGGUACAACAAGGACACUUUUUUAGCAGAGUACUUGAUUUCUCUCUCUUUUAAGUUAGAGUUGGAGAUGCUUGCAUUGGUUGGGAUGAUUGGAACUCCCAGUAGGCAUUUCUAUUUAUAAUAGAUAGUACUGCCCACCUUUAUUGAAUUCUUCUUUCCGCAGCACACCUUUACAGGUUUAGACAGCUACCUUUAUAAACUUGUGUAACUACCUUUGUAAACUUUUGCAACCUUGUAGCCUACUUACAUUGACCGUUCCAGCACACAAAUGAUUGAAAAUAGGCUUUGCAAAUAUGCAUGGGGAAGCAUGAACAAUGGACAAAUUUCAAGCAAGAUACCUAGUGGCUAGUUAAUUUUUUGAUAGAAGGGUUUAUAGAAUUUCGUGGCACAGAAAAAAGGGGGUCCGAGGAGUGGACUGGGCGCCAAUAGAAACAUCAACUCUAAUCGCCGAAUGCCAAUGUCGAGCUCCCUUCCCUUGUCGUUUGCCAAUCCUCCUUAUCCACUCUCUCUGAUUCUCCCCACAAUCUUGUGGCUUCAAAUCCCACGAAACCCAUCCCCCAUCAACCCCAUUCGAUUCUGUCUUUUCAUGCUGCAACGUUUUCCAUUUUUGUCUCUUUUUUAAUCUUUAAAGGAACGUUCAAUCCUCGUUUAGCUUCCAGUUUCGUGGCCAUGAUCUUCGGUAUUCAAUGCUCUAUCCACAAAAUUUCGAAAUUAUCCUUCCAUUAUUGAUCGGAGAACCUCAUAAUUCAUUCGAGAUGGAAAACUAUUUCGCGCCAAUUUUUUUUUUUUUUUGAAUUUUCCAGCCGUUAGUCAUCUUCUCGAUUCACUACUGGUUAAAGAAGUGGGAUCGAGUUCGGUGGUUUGAUCGAUCUCUGUGGAUUAUAGCAUGGACAGAUUUGCUUUCCGAGGUGGGUUGUUUGGAUGCAGCCCUCAAAACUCAUUCUUGAACCCUUCUUCCGCUUCUUCUUCUUCUUCUUCUCCAUUAAGGAACUCUGACGUCGAUUUCCAGGACGUUUUUGGGGGUCCUCCGCGGCGAUCGACGGCUCACAAUAUGCGAUUCAGUUUCAGCGAAACUACGGGUUCUUACGGAAACGAGGAGUCGAAUUCGAAUCGCCGUCCGUGGUCUGGUUUGAGUGAGAAACCGGUGUUUGGGGAGGAAACUGGGAAUCGGAGACGCUAUUUAAGUAGGGACUUCUUUGAUGACAUUUACAGAGGCGAUGAGUCGGUGAGCUCGACUCCGAAGAAGGUGGCUGACAGGGACCCGUUUUCUUCGGCUCCUGGUUCGAGGAUUUUGAGCCCUGCUCAUCCGUUGCGGCCACAAGCUGAGCCGUUUGGAGGCAUCCCUCUGCCUGCUAAAUUCAGCCUUCCUGCCAAAUCGCCCAAAGGGAUGGACUGCCGGCCUUUUGCUUCUCUUAAUCACAGCCCAUAUAGAAGUAAUGAUAUUUCUUCAAAUCUGAUAGGCUAUACAUAUUCCUCAAGUACUUCUCCGUCUAGGUUGUCGGGCCAAGCAAUUCAAAGUCAGGAUGAAUCAAGAAAUGGUGUUUGGCCUUUUUUUCACCAAAGCCCUUUGUCUCAUGAAUUUUCUCUGAGCAGUGAGGAGUCAUCAAAAAUUACCAAACAAGACAAAACAAAUGCUCCAGGCAAUUCGAAAAGGGAUUCUGGUAGUUCUGAAGUGUCGAUCAAUGCUUGUCAGUUUCAUUUCUCAAUUUACAGGUGGGCAAGCAGAGGAGUGCCAUUGUUGACACCUCUUAGGGGAGGGUGGGGUUCAAGAUUAAAAGAAAAGGGUAGAAUUGAGAGAUGUUCAAGCUCUAAUGGAAGGGUUGAAAGUCAUCUCACCUUUAGCAAAUUAUCUACAGGGCAUGCGCAUGAUAUUGGCUUUCAUUCCCCCAACAAUACUGCGUCGGCAAAUACUGAGUUUGUUUGGAUGGGUAGUGAGAUGCAAGAUAAUGACUCAUUCCCUGAGAAAAAUAUUAACAUGAGUGCUGAAAGUAGAGUUGAACCAUGCCAAAUUGUUGAGGAAGCAGUUCUUCCCACACAUGAACCUAAAACCCUCAAAAGGCUUCAAAAUACUGUUGAAAAUGUUUCUGGUAAUAUUGUCCAUCACUAUACAAGCAAAGAAUCAGAAUCUUAUUCUGUGUCUGAGAUAGAUUUAUGUGAGAAAGAAGUGAAAGAAGUUGCUGCAGUUAAACUAGAAGUUUGGAAGCCUGAGUUGAAACCUCUACGUUCUCUCUUUAAUGAAGAAAAUAAUGAACAAGGUGAUGAUGGGAAGGCUAGGAAGGUUAGGGAAAAAGAGAACAUGAUAAAAGCUGCCAUGAAAUUAUCUGCAAGUGAUGAUAUAGGAAAAAAUGUAAAGAAGCAAGAUGGUGAAAGAAUUGUUUCAAAUGGUCAAGUGGAUGAAAUCAGCAUCCAAAGUUCUCCCCCAAAAUCAAAAGACAGCCAUGGUAGAAACAAACUCAAGGGAAAGGUUGGAGACUUUGUGAAGAUUUUCAACCAGGAAGCUUCUUCAAAAUCAAAAAUUAAUUUUGACUCUCAUAGUCACAGCUUUCGGUGGAAAAACAGAGACAACUUUGGAGCAGAGAAGGAAAAAAGUUUUAGCUCAAGUGGGUUUGAUGAGAAAAAGCAGAAUCAGAGUGCAUGCCAGAAGAAACCAUUGCCAGAUACUUCCAUAGUGGAGGAUGAAAAAUUUGAACAGAUGGAGAAGCAACACUCAGGCAUAAAUGCUGUCAUCGAUAAAUUUAGUGAUACCACUUGUGAACAGUGGAAAGACUUAGCAUCAGUUCCUGAUGAAUCUGCUAGUAAAGUUGGCAACAUGGACAAAUCCUUCCAAGAAAAUUUUCUGAUGUUAUCUCAAGAUGAAAACAAACUGCCACAAACUGGUGAAGAUCAUGAAGAAAUCGAAGUUUCAGAUACAAGGGUACAAAAGUGGUCAAGUGGAAGGGAAGGAAACAUACGCUCUUUGCUGUCAACAUUACAAUUCGUCCUUUGGCCUGAAAGUGGAUGGAAGCCUGUGCCCCUUGUUGAUAUAAUUGAAGGAAAUGCAGUGAAGAGAGCAUAUCAAAAGGCUUUACUCUGUCUACACCCAGACAAGCUUCAGCAAAAAGGUGCUGCUUCACAUCAAAAAUACAUUGCAGAAAAAGUUUUUGAUGUUUUGCAGGAGGCUUGGACUCAUUUCGGUUCACUCAGCUCUGUUUGACAGCUCAACCAGGACAAGGAUUGGACAUUCGGCCUGUUGCUUCACAUGAUAAUAUUUACCAUUGUGUAAUCAUCUCAUCUUUUUUCUUUUUCAAAACAAAAAAAUAAAAAAUAAAAAUCUUGCCCUCAAGGGCAGGUUCUACACCAAACCAUCAACUCGAACGUCCUAAGUUUGAUUUCUUAUGAAAUCAAACAUGUACCUAGAUGGACACGAGUUGCUACAUUAGGUGUUCCGAAGAUGUAUCUUUAGAUGUAUAUUUCUUUCUUUUUUGAUUUUUUGUUUCAGUGUAAUUGUAUCUCAGACAUGAUAUUGAUUGAUCAAUAACAUUCAAAAAGGAGACCCAAAGAAAAGAAAAAAUCCAUGAUGUGUGCAUUUUAAAA